AUGCCCAGGCCAUCUGUGCGAGCCUUUGCAUCGCAGUUUAGCGGCGGCAGCAACGCAGCCUUGGCCGAGGGCUUUGCGGCACCACCCCGCACGCUAGACGACUGGCAGGAGCAGGUGGCCACCGCGCUGCACGCCAAGCAGGCGGCGGCGGAGGAGAGCCGGCGGCGGCGGAUAGACCGGCGCACGCUGCUGCUCCGCACUGAGCUCGCCAGGCGCAGCGGGCAGCCCACGGCGGCGCUGCGUCCGCCGACGCUGGCCGAAAGGCAGCAGGUGCAGCAGUGGCGGCGGCGGCGCUCGUUUGUGGUGCUGGUGGCCGAGGACCGAGCCAGCGGGGAGCUGCUGGGCAGCGCCACCGUCAGCCUGGCGCAGCCGGAGGCGGCGCUGCCGCCGCCCUUCCCCACCUCCAAGCCCCGCCGCGUGUACGUGAGCAACAUCGCGGUGCUGCCGCGCCACCGGCGGCGCGGCGUGGCCUCCGCGCUGCUGGCCCAGAGCGAGCGGCAGGCGCGGCUGUGGCGCCGCGACUCCCUCUGGCUGCAUUGCGAGCUCAGCAACAAGCCGGCGCUGGAGCUCUACCACAGCAUGGGGUACCAGGAGGUGCGGCGGGACCCCAUGUUUUCGCCCAACCGGCGCUGCCUCAUGCGCAAAGACGUGCCCGCCUGCGGCAGCAUCGUGGGCAGCAGGGAUGGCUGCACCAGCAGCGGCGCCAGCAGCGGCGCCUUUGGCGCAACCAAUGGCGGCGGCGGCGGCGGCGGCGGUGGUGGAGGGGCAAGCGGGGCCACUGGCGGCAGCGGUGGUGCGAAGAGCAGAGGCGGCACCUAUGACUGGUCCCACCUGAAAUAA